AUGAUACGACCAGCCACGCGCCGGGCGCCUCAGCUCCCUGCCACAGAGCUUUGCCCCGGUGCUCACCAGCGACGCUUCAAGACUUUUGUCCGCCACGUCGACAAGAAUAACCAAGUGUACUAUACGCUCGCGAACCGACGGCCGCGCCCGGACCCCGCCUCUCCCGCACAGCAUGAGUUCUUCUCCAUGCCAGACCUGCUGCUCGACUUGGACGCCGAGGGCACCGUCGGCGUGCGCCCCUUCGAUGAGGAAGCCGACGAGCGCCGGCUCAAGGAGAAGUGGCCCGCCGAGCCGCUCAAGCGUGCCGCCGUGAAGGCGAGGGUUGAGCAGUUUGAGGAGCAGGUCUACGAGUCACGUCGCAGGGCGAGGCAGCUCUGGUCGCAGCCAACGAACAUCUGGCGCAUCACUCCCCACGAUGUUCUGUCUGCUGCGCUGCGAGGCGCACCGUCGUCAGACGAGUCAGUACAGUUGGGCGCUUCCGAGGCGGUAUCAGGGCCAGUAGCCGGCACAAGUGUCCUCGCUCAGCUACGCAUCGAGAACGGCAUCCCUCCUCAUGCAUUAGAUGAGGACCAGCAGCUGCUACGGUGGAUGCUUCUCCGACAGCACAGCCUCCAACACUCCAGAGAGAGCAGGGACGAGGCUGCCCCGACUCCCACGCAGCUGACGGAAGCGCUCAGGAAGCAGAGCUCCAUCACGGAGAUCAGGAGGCUCAUCUUCCAGUGCCUCGCCGCAGGCACCAGUGUCGACGGCUUCAGCUCGCUGGGACGACCGAAGCCGAAUCUAUCACUCGAGGUUCGGCAGGCGUAUGAGCGGGCGCUCGAUGAGGAUCCAACUCCCGGACGCCAGAAUCUCGAGGCUUUAACAGCUAUAGGCAACCUUGCAGCAAGACUGGCAACCCUCGGUACUGACAUAGGGGCCCCGUUGUAUGGCCUCGGCCUCAGACUGGCUGCGGAGGCUGGUCUCCCAGAGACACUCUCGGAGUGGUUUCACCGCGGCUACGAAGCGCAAAUAUGGAUCGUCGACGCGGGAUCAUCAAAAGACGUGAUAUCGUCUCUCUCAGCCAUCAAUUCCAUCCUUGCCGACCAGCAGCACGCUGCCAUGAAGAGCAUACCACAGCGGCAGCUCAUCUUUCAACUCCUCACGGGAAUUGACGAGAACGACGCCCUCUCACCAGAAUCAUUCCGAGGCCUGGUCAUGCUCUAUCUCCAGCAAGGCACACCGGCCCACGCGCCAUCAUCGCUGGCAGCCUACCAGUCGUACAUAUCCCUUCUUGGUCACCUCGGCGCCGCCAGGACCCUGUGGAAGGAAUGGCGCCUUAGCGCGCCGCAAGCCCGUGCUCUGGCCGGAAUGCAAAAGGCAAAAGGCGAUGCAGUCGAUGUCGCAUUUGCAGAAGCCGUGCGGUGCGCGUCCCGCGUCAUCGCUGCGGGGGAUGGCGAGAUGGCCCCUGAUCUCAGCCUCGACGAGUGCGCCCGCCUCGACUAUCACGCCAUCGAGAUGCACGACACAGGGGCCUGGUAUGACGCCCCCGGCCAUACCCCGGAAUCUGCCCUUGCCGCGGCUGCACUCGACAUGCCACUCGACAUAUGUAUCGAGCGAGUACGGCAAAUGCGGCCUCUAUGA